AUGUUCGUGCGGUCUUUCUGUUUCCUGCGUAAAUAUGGCAGCAAGUCAAAGACACCGGACCUCAAGACAAGUUUCACCAAAACCACUAACUUCCGAAAGGCGGAGAAAAUUAGUAUCACCACAACAGAUGGGGAAAUAGUAAAGGGCCGCGGUAAGAUACGGCGGCGCACCCACAGCGCACUAAAAGAAGCCAUUGGGGCCAUGGAGCACCCCGCGAUUUGGCUCUGGUACCCGUGGCGUAUGAAUCCUGAACCCCCGACACCGCACAUGCCCCAACGCCGUGCCCUGAAAAACGUUCAUGGCGCGGUAUUUAACGAUCUAACACCCGUACAGAAGAAACGGCAGGAGCAGAUGUUGUAUGGCGUUAACAUACCGGAGACGCGACAAAUGAAGUUUGAGGAGCAACAUCCGCUGCUUGCUGGAGCGCUGCGGAAGCUUGAGGGUCAGCCGAAGGGUUUCCCGUUUUGGUACAGAAAGUAUCCGACACGUCGUCACGCCUACGAGUACCGUUUUAGCAUUCCUGUGGAGAUGUUAGACGGGUACAACGAUGACGUAAAAAAGGCUCUCUCAAAAGGUAUGAUGUCGAUUCAGGAAAAACAGUUCGCUCAAGAAGCCAUGUACAUGGAGCGUUACGCCGAACACGACUUCGAUACCACAAGCCCGGCGGUGCUAGCGGUUAAACGCGCGCUUAAGUGCCGUGUGCUACGAAACCACCUUCUGACCAAUCCGCACAAUAACAUUAUCAAGACAGUGUUGGCGAACACGGAGCGGAAACUUAACCACGCCCUGCGCAGACUGCGUAAGGUAGAUUUUAAGAAGUACUGGGAAAUCAUUCGUGACCACGAUGUGCAGGAUAUACUUCAGCCUCCCAACCUCGUCACAUACCGUCAGGGAUCGUACUGGAAAUAUGACUGGAAUGCAGGCUUGGCAAUAUCAACAAAUCUUGCGGAUGUGAUGGAUCCUCGUGGUUUAAAUGGUUGCGUUGAAACGGGCCGAUCCCGCUCGGAGGUCGCGCGUGAUCUCGGCCUCUCAUAUACUCGGCCUCUGCAUGAGAAUGAGAAGAAACAGUUGUCUCACCAAGCCGUCUACUAUGAGCGGCUGGCUAAAUUUAAAAUGGAGCAACCCGAAGCGGCACGGGCGAUGGAGCGUGAGCGGUUCGUGCGGAAAUUCUCCGGCAUGUUUGUGAAGAUGGACAUUCGUUCGGGAGCACCAGACUUCCCAAGCACAUAUCGUAGGUUACUUGGAACAAAGGUGGUGCGAUGGGCGUCUAAGCGACACGGCCCCAAUUAG